AUGCCAGCGUCUCAGGAAGAGGUCUUACGACACAUAUCUAAUGCCAUGCCUGCAGCAGGAGCUGGGGACUGUUGCGAGGCUCUAAAUGCAGCGGCAUCCGAGGUUUUUCUUCGUCGCCGCAGCAUGCAGAGCCUCAAGAGUGGGCGCAGCUCUGUAGACAGGAGAUCGGUGUGCGGCGAUGGAGAAGUGCCAGCCGUGACGGAGAGUGCAACUACACCUCCUUCUGAUGCCGAUGAGCAGAACCUAACGUACGAGCGUCUAAAAAACCUUCGACCGUGUCCGCCUGUGACAAUAUCUUUUGAUGAACUGUCUCUGAAGGUGAACGUCCACAAGAGGUUCACCGGAGUGCUCGCUCUCCCAUUUAUAAAUCAGAUUGCACGUGCUGUAACUCCUCCUCAGAGCAAGACGCUCCUUAUGGAUGUCAGUGGGACUGUGCACCCCGGAGAGAUGGUGGCACUUAUGGGGGCCAGCGGAGCGGGCAAGUCCACUCUUCUCAAUGUUUUGAGUCGUCGAAUCGUCACAAAUGGGGGUUCUGUAUUAUUUAACGGCAAGACGCUGGGGCCCGCUGAAGUGAAGCGAAUCUGCUGCUACAUACAACAAAGUGAUAUAUUCUACGGAUUCCUAACGGUAGAGGAGCAUCUAGACUGCGUGGCAAGAUUGCGGACUGGAUGGAAGAAGGAAGAGAGGUCGAAGCUUGUUGAUCGUCUGGUGGAGCUCUAUGGCCUGACCAAAGUCAGAAACUCGAGGAUUGGAAAUAUUCAGAUGGCGGCGAAGAGGGGCAUCAGUGGAGGGGAGAAGAAGCGUCUCAAUAUUGCUACGGAGAUGAUGACAAACCCGUCUGUUAUAUUUGCUGACGAGCCAACCACCGGCCUGGACUCAUUUAUAGCCGAGAAUGUUAUGCGUAUCUUCAGACACUUGGCAGAUCGAGGACGAACCAUUAUAUGCACGAUUCAUCAACCGAGCUCGAAUAUAUUCAAUAUGUUUUCAAAAGUGCUUCUUCUUAGCCAAGGCCGUGUGGUGUUCUACGGAGACCGCGAGGCGACUCUGUUGUACUUCUCGCGUUUGGGCCUCCCGUGCCCACCCUUCACCAGUGUCCCAGAGUUCCUUCUUGAGUUGCUUGUGAAACAGCAGCUCAGACAAGGCAAACAACCAGACGAUGCAAUUGAAUUAACUCCUGAGAAACUGGCAGAACGGUGGAAACACACAGGUGUUGCCUUUGUUGCCGAGUGGGCGAAUGUGCGGGAGAAGCACAUCCAGGCAAUGCAGGAUGCUGGAGCUUUUCAGAGCGGCCACGGUGGACAGGAUGCUGAAAUCAGCAAGACAGAGACGCGAAGUCCCGUCGAAAUGGAGUUAGAGCCAGCGAAGGAGCUUUCUGACAAAUAUAAGCCCAGCUGGUCCGAGGAAUUAUUUACCUUGAUUCAUCGAAGCUUUAUCAGCAAUAGUCGAAACCCGAGAAUAUUUCAGGCUCGAGUGGUGCAGACCCUAGCGCUUUCGAUCAUAGCAGGGAAGCCUUGGUAUGGUUUCUGUGCUACAAACGUUCACCAGCGACAAGGUGUUGGCCGUACGAGAGUACCAGGCCGGUCUGUACCGCCUUACCUCGUAUUAUUGCGCAUUGCAUGGUACAUGGUUGGCCUGAACGAUGCACCAGUGCGCUGGCUGCUGGGCCUGCUGUUCAUCUUGCUGGCAACCAAUAGUGCCAUUUCAAUUGGCUAUGUAAUAUCCAGUGUGGCGCCUACUCUGCAGUUCGCCUCGACGAUGAUACCCAUACUGUUCAUGCCCCUUGUCCUCAUGUCCGGAUUCAUGGUUAUUUUAUCUAACAUGCCAAAUUUUUGGAUUUGGCUACAGUACAUCUCGCCUUUCCGCUGGGGAUGGUCUGGAGUGAUGCACGCAGUUUGGGAGGGAGUUGAGUUGGAUCCGUGUCCGCCCGAAGUUCUCCCUCCCCAGUGCUACUCAACUGGAGAACAGGUACUGCGGUACUACGCCUUAGAUCAGGACUCGUACUGGUUUAGCGCCUUGAUGCUUCUGAUACAGAUCAUCCUAUACCGGCUACUGGGUCUUGGAUUUCUCCUACUCAUCAACCGCCGCAAGUGA